AUGCAACACACAAUGCAGCACGAUCUGCAACAGCAGCACUUCGGCGCGCCGCCCUACAUGAACGGACGCAUCAAAUCAGAGAAUGGCUCCGAUCGAGGAGUCUCCCCUCAUCCCUCGGAUUCGUCGCGUUACUCGUCCCAGCAGCCUCAACAACUCCCCUCGUACCCUCCCAUGCCAGGUCACAACAUGAACGGUGCCAACAUGCGAUACCCUUCUCCGACGCAGAUGCAGACCCCGAUGCCCCUGCUCAACAACAACAACUACAUCCCCAACCCGCCAGACCACACAUACGGACAACAGCAGAUGCCCGACCAGCAGACCCAACAGCCUGGUGGUCGCCCCACGUCCGACACGGGCCCGCCCAAGGCAUUUGCGUGCUCAACUUGUGGGAAGGGCUUCGCGCGCCGCAGUGACCUCGCGCGUCACGAGCGUAUCCACAGUGGCAUUCGUCCUCACGUCUGCGAGUACCCCAACUGCGGCAAGCAGUUCAUCCAGCGUUCAGCCCUGACCGUGCAUCAACGUGUCCACACUGGCGAGAAGCCUCACAUGUGUGAGCGUUGCGGAAAGCCUUUCAGCGAUUCAAGCUCUCUCGCUCGUCACCGUCGUAUCCAUUCUGGAAAGCGUCCAUACAAGUGCCCUUAUGCCGAUUGCCAAAAGACUUUCACGCGUCGCACUACCCUCACCCGCCAUCAAAAUCACCACACCGGCACCGUCGAGGAGGCUGCUGCUGCCACUGCCGCUGCUUUGGCUUCCCGCGCUGCUGCUCCUGGAAGGCCACCCCGAUCUGAUGCUGAUGAAUUCUCUGAGACAGCCUCCCCCUUGGGCACACCUUCUCCCAAUGAGCGACCAUUGUCACUGUCUCCCGCUGCCGGCAUGCCCGCUGGUGUCGUCCCCGGCAUGCAUCGCCAGAACUCCGAUUAUGCGUACAUGGGUGGCAUGAACGUCCCCCCUCACCUUCGCAACGAGAUGCCACAGCCCAGCCCGCGUGCUUCCCCCUCCUUGACCACACAGUCCUACCAGCCCGUUGGCAACCAGCGCCCCACGAUCACUUCUCACCCCACCGGCUAUGGCCCGCCUCAGAUCCUUGAGCCCCCAGCAUCUGCCAAUCACAACCAGUCUGGUGGCACCACCAGUGCCAAUGGAAGCCCUCACAUGGGCGCCAUGGGCUGGCAAUCUCCCUCGCAACAUGCUCUGCCCUCCCCCGGUUCUGGUGACAAUGGCUAUGUCUACCCUGAGCCUCAGUACGGACAGCCCAACAACAGCAUCUACUAUUCCAACCCCAACAUCCGCCGCCCUCACAGCACCGAGCCCGAGCAAUACAACCCCAACCAGCAGAGAAUGGGAAAUGAGCCGAUGUGGGCCCCCGCUGUGCAGUAG